AAAGCCUGGAAACAGUGGACAGCCAUUUCGUCCUAUUAUGGGACUCCUCGACAAUGUGCAUACACGAUCUCUCACGUGGGAUUUAUUGUCGGCUAUUUGUUUACUCUGGAGAAUUGGCUUACGUUAAGUCAUGAAACGUCAGAAAUACAAUUUUUCUACUCAUUUGGAUAUAACAAAAAUAUAUUUAUUGCUAAAUAUGAAUAAUCCUCAUAAACAGUUCUAUGAUCCAAUUUAUGAAUACAGUGACUACAUCAAUCAGGAGAUAAUUCCAAACAAACGUUAUAUUAGAUUUGGAAAACGAGGAGCUGAUGAUGUUAUGCGUUACGGUGGUAUUCCAACAUUAACACGGCAUAAAACCUACUCUAUAUAUGAUCUCUUAAAAGAAAGACAAUAGAAUUAAUAAUUAAUGCGUUUUUUGUUUCUUUUUUCUAUUAAAAGAAGAAAAGAGUUUUAUUAAAAAAGACAAGAUAAAAUUUGUGUCAAUAUUUCACUUUCUGAACUAAUUGUGACUGAUACUUUCCUAAUAAAUAAAAAAAUAUUACUGAACAUCAUAUACAUGAGACUUGUACUUUUUUUUAUUUUUGUCUUUAUUAGGUCUGACUGUUACAACAUCAUAAGGUAAGUAUACGAAACCAGUAAUUGAAAAGUAAAUGAUUAUUGAG